GACAAUGAAGAGCUAGAAAGAGAGGGAAUGAGGUGGAAUGUCUCCUUUUCACCAUUCCAGCCGUAACUUUGACGGGAAGAAAGAAGAUGCCACCCAAUCGUCUCUCUCACGCAGUCAUCGACGGAGCCGUACGAUCAACACAUCAACUACUUGGCACAUUGUGGUCGACCCAUUAUGCCAAACACCUUCUCUGGGUAGAAACUGUCUCACGGAAGAUGACAAUUACUGAGUGGUUGUAAUUUAGUAGCUCAAAUGUUGCUGGUGAAAUAUACCCUUUGCCAAUUGACAAGAGAACGCGGAGAGAGAGACAGUGUGACUUGAGAGAGAGAGAUCUAGAUCUGUGGGUGUGUGAAUUGGAGGUUCAUUUCAAUGGCUUCGAAAUUGUUGAUGGGUGUGGUGUUCAUCUUCGAUGUGAUUGCUUUUGGCUUGGCUGUUGCUGCUGAGCAGAGAAGAAGCACUGCCACGAUCCAGCAGGAUAGUGAAGUGGAUUAUAACUACUGUGUCUAUGACUCCGACAUUGCGACUGGCUUUGGCGUUGGUGCAUUUUUGUUCCUAAUGGCUAGUCAAGUUCUCAUUAUGGUUGCAAGCCGAUGCUUCUGCUGUGGGAAGGCUUUGAACCCUGGGGGCUCAAGGGCUUGUGCAGUACUUCUUUUCAUAAUCUGCUGGGUCCUGUUUUUCAUUGCGGAGGUAUGCUUGCUGGCCGGUUCAGUGAGGAAUGCCUACCACACCAAGUACAGAACCAUCUUCAGUGAAAGCCCACCCUCUUGCCAGACUGUGAGAAAGGGAGUUUUCGCAGCAGGAGCAGCUUUCGUUUUCUUCACUGGCAUAGUCUCUGAAUUCUACUAUGCUUCCUAUUCCAAAGCCAGGGGAAACUUCCUUCCCUAUGGAGGAGAAGCCAAUGUGGGUCUGGCAACCUAUAAAUGAGCUUGGCUAAGGUGACGAUGACCAUCUCAUUGAGAUAGCUGUGAUUCUCGGAAUUGUCUGCAUCAAUUUGAUCACUUCACUGCCUGUCUGUGUUCCAUAUCAUGUUAUUGAGUUCAAUUUAGUUGGAAAUAGUUUGUAUAUUGAUACAUGGUCCUCAAUUUUUAAUUCUUUUGUGAUACUGUGAAAAUUUUCCUUGUAUGCAAUAUAUUAAUAAUAGGAGGAUGUUGUCUCUGUUCCUUUGCAAUACGGGAAAUAUCGCACAGACUAACAGAUGUGAACAGUAGUUUCAUAGCUAAAACAAGAAGCAAUAUAAAACGGUG